AGAAGGGGGCACACACACAUGAACAUUCGUAGACAAACGUCUGAAAUUCAUAUAUUUAAGCUGUGUUUUGCGUCUUUUUUUCAUAAACAUGACUUAUUAUUAUCACGAGUCACUUCCGACAGACGCAAGGAGGCGAUACAACUUAAAAUUAGCAUGUAUUGGCUUGCAAAUCUGCCCAUUCAAAGCUGAUAGCUGGAUAAACAAUCCAUAGGAAUGGCCUGCAGUGGAGUUCGGAAACAUCUACAACUACCUCAUAAAGUCACCCACGUCCCGCAGACAUCACUGAAGAAGAUCGUCACCCUAAGAAACACCAUUCCCUCCACUUUGAACAGGAGGAGUCGGAGAUGUUUUGUAUUAAACAGGAAGCGGAGCCAUUCACCCCCAACAUUAAAGAAGAAGAACAGGAAGAGAAAAUCACCAAGUGUACAGUGACCGUCAGUGUGAAGAGCGAAGAAGUUGAAGGUCCAAGCGAAAAAGAUGAAGGUCCGAGCGAAGAGAAUGGAGCAGCGAAACAUUCGAGCAACAGCUCAUUUAGGCACCCGACAACAAAUGGAGAGGGACAAUCGCAACCAGAAGCCCUUUUAGCGCCACUUUCAGACAGCGACGACGUAACGUCACACUCUUCUGACUUUACCACUGAUGAGGAGGAUGACGACUUUGACCAAAAUGCUUCAAAAACCUCAAACAAGUCAUCAUUGAAUAGAAAUGCAAAAGAACAUGUUGGUGGGAAACCGUUUGCCUGCACACUUUGCAACAAAGGAUUUUCUCAGAAGUCUCAUUUAGUAACACAUCAGCGUACACACACUGGAGAAAAGCCUUUUGUCUGCACAAUUUGCAACAAAGGAUUUUCUCGAAAGGCUCUGUUAGAAAUACACACGCGUACACACACCGGAGAAAAGCCUUUUGUCUGCACACUUUGCAACAAAAGAUUUUCUCGAAAAUCUCACUUAAUAAUACAUAAGCGUACACACACUGGAGAAAAGCCUUUUGCCUGCACAUGUUGCGGUCAAAGAUUCAAAGAGAAGAGAAAUUUAAACAGACAUGAGAGAACACAUACUGGAGAGAAGCCUUUCGCCUGCUCACUUUGCGAUAAAAGAUUUUCUCAGAAGACUCUGUUAGAAACACACACACGUACACACACUGGAGAGAAGCCUUUUGUCUGCACAGUUUGCAACAAAAGAUUUUCUCGUAAGUCUCAUUUAAAAACACAUAUGCGUACACACACUGGAGAAAAGCCUUUUGUCUGCACAUGUUGCGGUCAAAGAUUUGCCGAGAAGAGAAAUUUAAACACACACGCAAAAAUACACAGUGGAGAGAAGCCUUUCCCCUGCUCCUUUUGUGAGAAAAGAUUUUAUUGUCAGUCUCAGUUGACAAGUCAUAUGCGUACACACAGUGGGGAAAAGCCUUUUGUUUGCACAUGUUGUGGUAAAGGAUUCACCGAGAAGGGAAAUUUAAACACACAUACAAGAACACACAGUGCAGAAAAGCCUUUCGCCUGCUCACUUUGCGACAAAAGAUUUUCUCAGAAGAGUAUUAGAGAGAGACAUAUGCGUACACACACCGGAGAAAAGCCUUUUGUCUGCACCUUUUGUGGUAAAAGAUUUACCGAGAAGGCAAAUUUAAACCAACACAAUAGCACACACAGUGGAGAGAAGCCUUUCGCCUGCUCUCUUUGCGAUAAAAGAUUUUCUCAGAAGAUUAAUAAAGAAAGGCAUAUGCGUACACACACCGUGGAAAAGGGUUUUUUCUGCACAUGUUGUGGUAAAACGUUCGUCGAGAAGAGAAAUUUAGACAAACACGCAAGAACACACACCUGAGAGCCUUUUUCCUGCACACUUUGUGAGUAAAGAUUUUUUUGAGGCAUCGGGUGACAAAACCCACAAUGGAGAAAAGCCAUUUUUCUGCUCAGUUUGUCAAAAAAGAUUCUGUCAAAAGGGAACUUAAAACAGACUCGCAAGAUCACGCACUGGAGAGAAAUCUUUUGGCUGCUCACUUUUUUCUCAAAGAUUCACCUGGACUGGACUGUAGACUUCUUUAUAGGCCUAACUGUUAGAGAUCCCUAAUAUUCAGCACAUCAAUCGGACGUUGGAGAUGUAAUCUUGGGUGGGGUGGAAUUUGGCAAUUAUGACGUGGUUCCACCAACGCACCACAUCAUCAGUUGCUUGCCUCAGAAAUUGGGUGUUUCGGCCACUUACCACAAGACCUUCUGCUGAGGAUGGCCCACCACAGGAUGAUCAGACCCGGGUGUGUUGUGUGCGGUAGCACCAUGCAGCCAUUUGGCAGUUUCAGCCACAACCAGUGACUUCUCCGUUUUGCUGUAGUGGCAAGUUCUUUAACCCUUUAACACCUAAGCCUAUUUUGGCCGAAUUUGCAUGCAUUUGAUGUUGCCUUUAUAUUUCAAAGAAAAAAUUGUUCACAAUGGCCAAGUUGGGUCCCUUUUUUCAGAACACCUUGAACUUCAUGUCCAAACUGUUGUUUUCUUCACUCACCAAUUAUAAUCCACAUGUUGGACCCAAAAAGACAAAAAUCCAAAAUAUUUUUUCAAAAUUUGUAAUGUUGGUGUCCCAUUGACAACCAAACAUGCUUGAACAACCGUUUUGAAGCUUGAUAAUAUUUAUUCAACUUGUUAGGAUAAACAUUCAAUAGAAGAAAAAAAAGAUUGAAUAGUUUUAUGUUUGACUAUUCAACACAAACAGCGGGUAUGGUCAUAGGCGUUUUUGGCCUUUACACAUACUAUGGUCAAUACAGGUUAUAUACAGUGCAAAAUAGUAAGAAAAAAAAAAAAAUAUAUAUAUAUAUCAUCUAACACAAAAAGGGUUUGGAGGAUAUCUCUUUGUGAAGUUAGGUAUUAUACCCAUCUAAAGUAUACGUACAUGCAAUCAAGCUUCUCGAACACACAUCUAUAUAAAAAUUGAAAAGAUUCAUAGUGAAGAAAAAAAAAAUAUAUAACAUUGAAAAAAAAGUAUUUUCAAAAAUAUUGAUAAGUAGUUCAGUUCAAUUCAAUUUUUUCAGGCAUGCGACCCGAUAGUUUUUUUUUUUUGCCGCACUCAAUAAAGUUUGUUUUUGAACAGGCCACUGAGCUGCGUCACAUACAACGUCACACAGCCUACUCUUCUGUUGUUUGAGCGCUGCUGUCACUUCUACUCGCCGAGACGCCGACUAAUCACAGGAAAACAACAGCUCAUACAGCUCAUCCUAUUCCUUGAGUUGAUGAAAAAAUGCAUUAACUUGCGCUAAAAUUAGUUUUCGAUUCAUCCUGCACAUUUCAAAGUCGCUCGCGCAAUCCAACCGGUGUUCAUGCCUCCUUUUCCUUAGUUGGCGCCUAGCUCAGCAAUUUAUUAAAAAUGUUCACAUUCGGUUCGUCCUUCUUGACAAUACAACGGAUCUUGGGAUAUGUAGUCUUGUGCUGCUUUCGGUUUUUAAAAAGGACAAGAAAUGAUGGAAAUAUGGCGAUAGAUACAUGGUAUAUGCAGCGUUUUAAUGCAUAUUUAUGAGUGCAAUAAAACUAUAAAAUUCAAAUGACACUAUCUCCCGUUUUUCUUAGUCGAUUGACUUCAAAUAAAAACUGGUGUGGACAUCAACUUCCGUACUUUCAAAUGAGACCAACCAGCGGCGCGUGGGUGACGUAAUUACAGCGUGACGAAGCUUCAAAGACGACAUGCGUAAACGCGUCGCUGCCGACACGUUCGGUGUUAAAGGGUUAAUUGCCUUUCGUUGGGCCUGCCCUCUGAUCCAUACUUCUUUCAGAAGACUUGUGGUGGACCUGGCUACAAAGCCUCUCAACCGACCUCCACUGGACACACCUUCACAUUCCAGCCUCUCCUUUCUGCUUCAUCUGCUAGAUCGGCAUAUCACAAUUUCUUCCGUUCAAAUGCUUCAUCGAUGGCAUCCUCCCAUGGAACUGUCAGUUCAACGAUGAAGACAAGCCGGCAAGACUUGGACCAAAGGACUAGGUUAGGGCGCACGUUGGUCGCUGCAAUUUCAGAUGGGAAGGUGAGCCUCUGGCUGAGGUCCACCUGCAUUUCCGAAUCCCGGGCUACGUCCAGUGGGCCUGGAUCCAGAGGAUAUGACUUGAUCCCUCUUUUCUCCCCUUCCUGAAUGAAAGAUGUUUUGUGUGGGAAGGAAGGUUGAGGUUUUGGAGGCUUGGCAUUAGUGGAGAUAAAUCUUUUGGCUGCUCAUUUUGCGCUCAAAGAUUCAUUUGGAAGGGGGAUUUAGUCUUGCAUUCAAGAAGCCACACUGGGGAAAUACCAUUGAAUUGCAGUGUUUGACAAGAAUUUAAAUUCCUGCCACACAUCUACAGUGAAAAAGGCUUUUCAAUUUCCCUUGAACCUCUUUUGAAAAAGUUGUUGAAAUAAUUUUGCAGGUCCUGGUCUUUUUCAUUAUCCAAUAUUAUCAAUUUUUAUUUUCUUUUUAAUCAAAUGAAUUUGGUUUAGGUUAAAAUACUUCAUGUCAAGCUUGAUCUUCUGUUCUAAUUCAUAUUAUGAGUUCUUUCCUGCUACUUUGAAAUACCCAGAUUUAGCUUUUGUCUCCUCUAUUUGUUGCUUUUUUAAACUCUGUUGUAAAGUGACCUUGAGAAUCUUAAAGGGGGCUUUGAAUCAAAAUGUAUUAAACUGGUCAAUAGUCAAAUUUGUGCAUGAAAUAUUUUUUCUGUUUGUAGCUAAAUUGAGCUCAUUGAAUGAAUGCAUUUCAAGUGUCCAAAUAUAGAAAUUCAAUAUUAAAAAAAAUAAAAAUAAAAAUCUGUAUGGAACAUUCCCUUAGGACACAAAAGGCUGAUAAAUCCAAGAAAUUUUUAUUUCAAUUAUAGGCCUGUGUUAUUAUUUGAAAAACUUUGAUGCUGCACUUCCCUUUGUUUAUUGUUUGCUCAGUUUCCAAACUUUAUUUAAAUAGUUUCAGGGAAGACAGCUUUAUUAUUGUUCUGCAUUGUAUUAUUUUCCACUCUGAUAUAUUAUAGAAUUACUUGACCUUGUUUAGUGUUAUUACUAUUCAUUUUCCCCCAUACUUCCUCUAU